ACAAACACAAAACAGCACAAACCCAAGCCGAACUAAAACCCGAAACAACCUCGUUAAAGAGGUUACAACUCACAGCAACCGCUGUUGCUGUUCUGAUAACACUGUUUGGUGUGCUACACACACUCACACACUUUCUCUCUCUCCCCCCUCUCUCUCUCUCUAGCCCCACACACUCUUCUCACACAUCUCUAUCACCAAAAAAUUCUCAGCACAGUGCGAAUCGUCGUUGCUUCAUUCUUCGCUUAUCUUUACCCGCAUUCUUCCUUGCUACUACUAUGUUUUUAUGAAAGUUGAAAUUCUAGUUGAUUAGCUGUGCCAACUCUAAUUGGAAAGAUGGGUAGCACAUUCAAUCCACAGAUUCUAGUGGAAAAACUAGCCAAGCUGAAUGGUUCACAGACGAGCAUAGAGACUUUGUCACAUUGGUGCAUUUUUCACAUGAAUAAAGCCAAACAAGUUGUUGAAACAUGGGAUCGACAAUUUCAUUGUUCUCCUCGUGAGAAGAGGUUGGCAUUUCUGUAUCUUGCAAAUGAUAUUUUACAGAACAGCAGGCGAAAGGGUUCUGAGUUUGUAGGUGAAUUCUGGAAAGUUCUUCCAGAUGCUCUUCGAGAUGUGAUUGAAAAUGGAGAUGAGUUUGCUAGGAAUGCAGCGCUUCGACUGAUUGGUAUAUGGGAAGAAAGAAAAGUUUUUGGUUCACGUGGUCAAAUUCUUAAGGAAGAAUUUACUGGGAGGCAUGUGGAAAAUAAUGUCCGUGAUGGGAAACCUAUGAACAUGAAACUGAGGCCAACUGCUGGGAAUGCAUUGGAGAAAAUAGUUUCGGGUUAUCAUGUUGUUUACGGAGGGCAGACAGACGAAGAUGCUAUAUUGAGCAAAUGCAGGAAUGCCAUUAGCUGUCUUGAGAAAGUAGAUAAGGAAUUAGGUCAUGAUAAUAAUUCAGGGCAAUUCCAUGGAUCUGCGCUAGUGGAUGAGCUCCAGGGGCAUAAUGGCGUACUGAAGGACUGCAUUGAGCAAUUAACAGCAAUAGAAGCAUCAAGAGCUAGCCUUGUGACUUACUUGAGAGAGGCUCUCCAGGAUCAGGAAUUCAAGCUGGGUCAAGUCCGUAGUCAGAUUCAGGCUGCACGUGUUCAGUCAGAACAGGCGGGCAAUACCUGCAGACAAUUACUGAAUGGCAACAAUAUUCAGUCAAUAGCUGAUCAGAACUCAAAGGAAAUUCAAAUCACCAUGACACCUGCAAGUUUUAUUUCUGGUGAUAGGGAGCAGUCAGCUCCAUUAAUGUACACACCACAAUUAUCAUUUUCUCAAAAAUCUGGACACAUUGAACAAGAUCCGCGCAAGUCUGCAGCUGCGGCAGUGGCGGCGAAACUGACAGCUUCAACAUCCUCUGCCGAGAUGCUGUCUUAUGUGCUAUCCUCACUAGCAUCAGAAGGUGUCAUAGGCAAUCCCAUUAAAGAGUCUUCUGCUGAGUAUCAUUCUGAGAAGAGGACUAAACUAGAGAGUGAUCAGUCAUCUUAUAUAGCAUCUCAGAAUCCUCAACAACAACAACAACAACCACUUCCUCCCUUUUCACUUUCUGAAUCUAUGCAACACAAUGCAUCUACAACCAACCAUCAUCCUACUCCCAAUGAACCACCACCUCCACCCUCAUCAUCACCUCCCCCAUUGCCACCACUUCCACCACUGCCACAGUACUCCGUGCCGCAGUUCAUGCAGACUGCUGGAUCAAUUAGCAGUAUGGCAUACAGCUAUGGCAUGACACAACAGCCAUCAAUGGCAGCCUAUCCAGCUGUUGGGGCUUCCAUGAACAGUAUCUCCCCUUUUACGCCUGCUCCAAUGAAUACAUAUCAGGGUUUUCAAGGUUCAGAUGGAAAUUACUAUAACCAGCCCUCAUCAAUGCCUAUGGCACCAAUCUCUCGACAAUAAAAUUCUUGGUCCUAGAGCUUAUCUGAGGUAAGGAAAGGUUGCUUAGAAAAACCUUUUGUGCCUCCUUCAUCCAUUACCUUGCCAGUGGAAUCUGAUUCUUACUAUUAAUCAUCAGAUGUGCACAUAGUAAGAUGUUUUGUAACCUCUCUAGUUUUUGACUAGUACUAAUUUUGUUGAAGUUACAAUAAUUUCAUUCUCUAUGUUUUACUUUGAGGAUAACGGUUUUGUUGAGUAGGGUUAUUUAUCUUUUGAUGUUUGUAAAACUUAGCUGAUAUCAUUGGCUUGGGGGCUUAUUAGAUUUGUGGUUUUGGAGGGUUGUAGGCAUGUGGAUGGUCACAACCGAAUCAGUCACUGUUGUAAUUCCUCAUCUGUCAAAGCCUGCUUGCAUAUUCAAAAGAUCUAUAUAUCUUCCCUGCAGGUGGACAGUUAUAUAUGUACAGACCAUUCCUUAUGUGUUUGUAUUUUAUGGAUUUACAUGUGCUGGAUUCAAAACUAUGUACUAGGUUAAACAUGAUUUUUAUUC